CUACGUAGUGCGUGACGUCACAAGAUGGCUACACACAUAGUCCCUUCUUCAACAGUUUCACGGAACAGUGCUUGUGAAUAGUCGUUCGGCGAGUUACGCGUCAGUUUAGUAUUAUAGUGAAUGGUGUUCCUGCGUUAGUGUACGUGAUUUGGUUGUUUAGUUUCUGUGCACUAAACUGGUGAUCUGUUUUUCUUUGCUGUGAAAAUUUCGUUGCCUGCAAAAUGCCGUAUCGUUGUUGUGUGCCGAAUUGUAGAGGAAAUUACGACGGUGGACCAAAAGUAACCGUGUUUAAAUUUCCGGAGGAUGAAGCAACGAGGAAGAAAUGGUUGUCACGUAUUCGCAGACAUAACUUCACUCCUUCUUCAAGUUCAAGAGUAUGUCAUGUUCACUUCCACAAGGAUGAUGUUAUUUGGGAAACACAAAUUGUGGAUGAAAGGACUGGUCAGUUAUUAAGAGCCCCCCUUCUCAAACCACGUUUGAGACCACAUGCAGUUCCAUCACUACUCCCAAACUGUCCUUCCUACCUUUCAAAGGAAGAAAGUAGACGUGAAGGGCCAGAGGAGAAAAAGCAAAGGCUUGAAAAUGAGCAGUUAGCUGCAGCGUUACAAUAUAGUUUAGCAUCACAGAAGGACUAUGAAAACACUUUCAGCUUCAGUUCUUUAGAAGAGUUGAUGUUGCGUACGAAGGAAGUGGAUUUGCCCAACGAGUGGAGUGUGAUCGAAAAACACAGUGAUUUUGUUUGUUUUUUAAAGAUAAUAAGAAAUCCAGCACCAUUAAUCACACAUUCUGUCGUUAUAGAUAGUAAUUUAAAUGUUUCAUUGUUUAAGAAAGAUGUACAAAUUAAGACAUUAGGAAAAAGAUCUUUUCCUGUAAUUGUAAUCAAUAUCCAUGAAAUUGUCAGUGUACUGCAGGAGUUUUCAGACACAGAUUGUGGGCACUCAGAAACUUCUAUAGAUAGUAUUGUAGAGAUAGUGAAAGACAGUCUAGGAGUGCUGAAAGACAGUUUACAGGAGAGUGAAAAGGAGAUGGUAGACUUUAUAUAUGAACAAGUUAGUCUCAUAAAUGUAAAGAAAUUUAAUCAUAGGUUUAGUUCUACAUUUAUGAUACUGUGUUGUUUGCUAUUUUCCAUUUCAUCUCAUGCUUACAAUUUUUUACGUAGCAGCUCAUUAAUGAAAAUGCCACAUCCAAGCACUCUGCGUAGGGUCUGCAGCAAAUUUAAUGUGAAUCCAUCUCACGAAAGGCUUGGGGGAAGUAAUUUCCUGUCCUAUGCAAGACAGAAAUUUCAAUACUUGAACAGCAAUGAUGUCAAUGUUGUUUUGAGUGUAGAUGAAAUUCAUCUAAAUUCUUAUUUGGAAUAUAAAGGAGGUAGUGUUUUGGGCAUGUCAUAUAACUCGGAAUGUGCUGCAAACAUGGCACAUGCCUUUGACAAAGACAAGACAAUGCCAUUUUGAUCACCUUCCUUUAUUAUUUUGAGAAAAACUUACACAAACUGUGCUAUAGCAGACUCCACUUUUUUUGCAAACAAGGUUAGUUUGUUUUGGUGAUAAAUGGAAGACAAGAGCAAAAUUGCUCUAUAGUUCUCUACAUUCUCUGCAAUACUUUUCUUUGUAUACUGAAGUUAUUACUUUAGCUUGUGAUACAUGUGAGAAAUCUGCCAAUUUGUAAUGAUUCAUUAAUUGUUACUGUUGAAAAAGCUACUAUAGUAUUUAUGCAUUCUUUAGGUAGACAAACUUCGAUUUCACGUAGUGUUCGUGGUGUUCCUCUGUCUUCUACUACUGUCACUGUUAUGAGUGCAGAUGUGCAUGCUGUGACAAUUGCCCCUCUUUUUCUGAGUUUACUACUUUCUCUGCAGCUGUUAUAACUGUUGUUCUCUCAACAUUUUCUUAUGUAGAUCAUGUUUGCAUAUAUUUUACUACCAAUACAAAUGGAGAAGCUGGUGGGGGAGGGCUUUGCAGUACUUUCAUGGCCUUUGUGUAUAAUGAUUGGCAGGUCUCCUCAUCUAAUAGUAAUGUAAUUCUGGAACAGCUCUCACUUCUGUUACAAGCACUAUUGAGUGCCACUAAUCCUCAGGUUGACUAAUUACUGAGCUCUUUAAAUAGAUGCUUGCUCUGUGCCAUAAAGUGCCUUCUUGUUAGCUCAUCUUUGCUGAGGAGAAAAAAUCUGAGGUGGACUCUCAGGUAUGCCCUUCUGUUGGCUUUUUGAAUAUAUUUGUUUAUAAAAGAAUAUUAAAAAAGCUUAAGCCUGUCACAAUUGCUUUUCACUCACCUAAUCUAAUUAAUGUUAGCAGAUCAUAUUCCAACACCACUUGACACAUUUUUGCCACAUAACAUACACUUACAGUUGGUAAUUACUUGCAAUUUACAGGGUGACCUAAUAUAAUGUCUAUAUGCAUUGCCAUUUUUCUACUACAGUGCUUUCAUAUGCAUUCUUCCUACACAAAACUUUAUGGUGCAGUGUUUUAUUUGCAUUCUUUUAGUGUCCCACUUAAAGACCUUCCAUUACUACCCUGGAGAUUAUAAAAUAGCAAUUUAAUAAUUAAUGUUGUUCAAAAUUUAUCAUUAUUAUUCCUAAAAUUAUGAAACUUAAGUCUCAAGAAUGUGGUUAUUGUUAAUGUUUGGCCUUGGUGUCCAUAAGUCUUAAUUAUUUUGUCCCUACAUAGUAUUCAUGCUGUACAUCUAUAAUUUUCUAUUGUGAACCACUAUAAUCUAAAAUUUUUCUCAUUCCAUGUGUUAGUGAUUGACAAGAGUGUAUGGAAGAUGAACAAAAGAAAUAAAUAAAUUCAUUCAUACACAGAA